ACCAACCCCUACUGCCAUGUUUUGUCUUGAAGGCGUCGGUCCUGGUGGCUCUGACCUCUAGGUUAUCGCAGUGAAAAUCUGUCAAAGGCUUGAACCUUCACAGCACUUCAGAUCUGCUGCACGUGGAAGUCAUUACCUAAGGUUUUUGAGGCGACUGAGUUUGGAUUUUUUUUUUAACUAAAAUAAAUAGUUAGUUGAGAUUUUACCCCCCACUAUGCAGCACAUAAGAACCAAGAAAUCAGCACCAUGGUCACUGAGUUCAGUCAGGAAAAAAAAUACACGUACAACGUCGUUCAACCCAGUCCAGUGAGUGACCAGUGCUCUUGCCUUACAACAAGGAGGUCAGAGUUUCAACCUCAGUUUGUAAUUUGCCGUCAGGUGCUCUAGUUCCAUAAACAUGUAGGAUUGGGUUAAUUUUUAAUUAUAAAUUGACCACAAAGUAGGUGCGAAUGUUUUUGUUCAUGUGGAAAUGGUGAACUGACCACGGUGUAUCCCACCCUCACCUGAGGUCCUGGAACCUGGACGAGGAUUGGACUACGUGACAGAAGAUGAAUGAAUAAAGUUAAAAAAUCUCACAGAAGACGCCUCGGAGUAACCAUGGCAACGGAUGAGCAGGAGAAGAAAACUCUCCAGAACAAAGUCAGAGCUACGACUGGACCUGGAUGUUUCUCAGUGGUCAGCGGUAAAACUUGUUACUUUACUAAAUCUUUAUUUUUAUAUCAUAUAUUUUAAUAUUAUUUUAUAUGAUAUUAUAUAUAUUUUUAUAUUAUUAGGUAGAGACACCAAAGUGGCGCUGCCUCACUGGCUCCUGUUCGUUUAGCAUCGCGCUAACUGAGCACCUGUGUUUAGCUUCCGGGUUGUACAUGAUUCUCACACACAGGUAGAAGUGGUAGCGACCCGGUACAGGGUAAUGGUACAUAAGGAGUAGGCAGGCACUUGUGUGUACCAAAUAUGUGUACGUUUAAAUUUAAAUUCUGCUUUCCACAGAGUGCGUAAACCCCACUUUACACUCCUUUCCUUCCCCUACUUCCUUUCCUUCUUCCUAUUUCCUGUUUUAUUUUGAAGGUCCUCUCCCCUUGAUAUCACCUGUGUCCAAUCAACUGCUGGGUUAAAUCUCUGCGCUGUUUAAAUGUAAUUUCAACUGAUUUAUGCUCUUUGUUUGGAUUACUUCUCUCUUUCCUCCUGCCGCUACAUUUGGGCAGUGGUGUCUUGGUGGUUAAGCAGCCGGAGGUUUAAGGUUUGAAUCCACCAGCUGCCAAGUUACUAUUGAGCAUGGCAUCGUCCCCACAAACUGCUCCCCGGGCGAUAGAUGCCCCCUGCUGACUUCGGUGACCUUAGCCGACGGUGGCAGCCCGUUGCCUCAUUGGCUGCUGUUUCAGCCGCGCAGCAACACUCUGACUGGUCUAGCUCUGGCUGAGGAAUGUGGAAUUUAUCACCUGACGGUGUCCGGUGCUGGUGUCAAGUGUGCUGCUAACUUCUAUCUGACCAUCGUCAAUAAGACGUUGACCGUCAGACAGGACUCACCAAGACGUCCUCUGUCCUGCUCCGAGGGGAAGACCAGCAUCUGGGCCGACCUUCUCCUUCACCUGAACCCUGUGACUCUUGACGUCACCCGGCGCCUGAGUUUGGUCAACAACAUGGCCAGCUUCCUCCACCGACCAGUGGACUCUGUUUACCUGUUUUCCAGAGAACACGCGCUGAAACUCCGACGACAGAACGAGCUCAGAGUUUGUAGAAGACGUAGACCUGCUGUGAGAGAUGAAGUUCCUGGAGACGUGGCUGAGCUCAUGUGGCCCGUCGGCUGCCCCGGGGCUGAUUUCACCCCUACUCUGGAGCACAGUGUGAAGUCAGGAAGUUUGGCAAAGCUUUUAGGAGCUACUAUCCUGGAACUGAGAAUACUUUGUGCCACUAAUGGAGUUCAGCAGAAAAUUAGGGUUAAGAGAGGUCUGGCAUCUACUCAGAAUGACUCUGUUCGGCCAGCGACCCUGGAGAGUGAGGCAGAAAAACUUGACCGCUCAGAGUCAGCUGUUGUUCCUGUACAACUGGGGUCUUGGAGUUCGACGACUUUUUCAUUGCAAAGCAAUCUCCAGGCACUAAAUCUGCAACCAGCGUGCCCCCAGGGCUUGGCAGGAAGUGCUAUAAAUUCUAUAAACAAACACACUUUACUGCAGUCCUUGAGAACACAGUCUUGUAUUUCUCUUUGUUCGUCAGAAAUGACUCCCGGAGGCUAUGUUUCUCAGACAUUGAUGCAACACUCUGCUAUAUUUCCAACUGCAGAAGCUGAUUGGUAUGGGGGAUCUUCUGUGUGCAUGGAUUUGACUUGUAGUCAGACACGGCCGUUUUCACGCCAAAAUCCUCAUCCAGACGUGACUGUACCCUGUGUGUCAGAGGUCACCUCAGAUUCAUCGCCCAGUGAAUAUGUCCUGACCGCAGACUUUUAUUCUUCUUUACCAUUUUAUUUACAGCCCGCCAGGGAAAGCACAGUUGUCAAUGCGCUUUCUACAAAGGUACCAUCAGCCCUGCUGCACAGUCUCACCAUUUACCCCCCACUGCCCCCGACCCCGGGCAUUUACAGUGUCACUUCCACCCUGACACAUAAUGCUAUCGACGGGGCACCGCCGGCCACUUGUCUGACCCCAGGACCUCAUCUGAACGGAGGCAGCCCGUGGACUGAAUGUUUCAGAGGCGGCCGCAGUGACUCAGAGAGACGGCCCACCGUGAGCUCACAGGAUGAAGGUCUCUCCAUCUUCAGCCAGGACCAAGAGUUAACCCUCCACAACAACCCAUCUGUUUCUCAUCCGCCUUGGACGGGGGAGUUUUACGACAUCCAGUCACAGAGCUCCGUAUUGAAGUGGACGCAGUUCCCCACAUCAUCAAACACUAUGCAGACGACUCAGCUUUCUGCAGACAUGUCAUUGUUCUCAUAUUUAAUGACGGAGCAGGGAUCAGUAACUCAGAACAUGGCAACGAUUCAACAGCCAUCUCCGUAUUCAUCUGGACUGAAUCAGGCUGCGAUGUCUCAGCCAAAUGCUUCAGUGGGUCAACUGGUAACGUCUGGACAAUUCCAGCUGGAGUCAUCGCUUCCUACAUCCACGUUCGAGGCCUCGUCUGUGAUGUCAACACCAGCCUUAUCUUCAGAGUUUGGACUUUUUACUGGGACACUCCAGACGCCUACGUUGUCUGACAUCACAGAUGAGACAUUUAGUGCUGAGUUUCAGCUGAAAUCAUCAGAGUUCCUCUCACUAAUGGAGACCUCCUUCAAAUCUUUGCAGCCCAGUCUUCAAAGCAAACCAGGGACCGGUUUUCACACAGCCUCUGGCAGAGAGGUCACUUUUGUUGAGAGUCAACAAACGGGGACACUGACGUCUGUCACUUCACUGUCGUCCACGCUCUUUCCGGCUGAAGACCCCCAAACACUUUCAGUCCACUCCAGCGUGUUGACGUACCAGUCCUUUGAUGAACUGACCCCUGUUAAAUCAACUCAUGAAAGAAUGUCAUUCAUGCUGUCACUAACACAGACUCUUAUGCAGACACCACAGACUGAGGAAUUCCAGAACAUUCAUUCCUCCCACGUGUUCUCCAGCCCUGAAACAGCAGGCUUCAUAUAUCCACAUGCAGCAUCUACACAACCAGACCAGACCAUGUCUCCUCUGAGUCAGCUUUCAACAUCCAAGAACAAUAUUAUGUCACAGUCUGGAGACUACCCUGGGCCAACUGCUCCCUCUACUGCUCAGGAACCCUACAUUACACCCUCUGCUUAUAUAAUGCAGAGUCUGGGGCCGUCAUUCCCAGUAUGUGACCAGGGUAAGGUGCACAUCAGUGGGUGCAGCUCCUUUAUUUAUAGUACUGAGAAGCUCCGUCACACAGUGGACAACAGUUAUUUACCUCCGACAGAGAACCUGACAUUAUUUACGUCACAGUUUCUACGGUUUGACUCAAGUGGAAGAGUUGUUCCCACUGUGACAUUUGUGACAUCUGUGGACUAUGUUUCAUUUCUUUUCACCAACGUCUACAAACACAGUAGUUUCUCCAUUUUAACACACACACCUUCACUGGAUGUUGAUCUUUCUACUCCUGGAGGACAAAGCUCAGCUCGACCUUUACGUUCUUCGGCGUAUGCCCCGGAGUCUCUGAAUUUUCCACCAAUCGCUCUGCAAACUCUGCCGUUCUUGGUGGCCACCGUCGGUUUCCCAUUUCUCUACUCGGUUCCACCGGAAACAUUUUUGGAUCCGGAAGAUGGAACGGCAGAUGCUCUUUCCUUAAGGAUCCAUUUGAAACAGGGACCUCCCCUGAGUGUGGGUUUGUGGUUGGCCUUAGAUGGUCUGGAGCUUCAUGGGAUUCCUCUGGAGCUGGACCUGCAGUUUGCUCCUCAGCACCUCCUCCUGGAGGCCCGGGACCGACAGGGCCAGAGCGCUUCGCUGCCAUUUACUGUGGAUCUCAAACGCAGGAGUGUGGAGCCCUGUCACUUCUUCACCCUGACGGCACAACGCAGCCUCCACUCGGUGCUCCAUCAUCGCCACCUUGUGGAGCUCAUGUUAAACAAACUGUCCCUCUUCUUCGACAGCUCUGGCAGCAACCGCCACCUUUCGCUUGUUUCCAUCAUGCCGGGGUCCACGGUGGUGUCCUGGUUUAACCGCACCUUGUGUGGAACGGCGAGACUCAGGAGAACACAAUGUCCCGUGGAAGAAACACAUGACAUGUGGCUGAGGAUGAAAUCUGACGGAUCAGUCAAACCUGAAUUCAAAGCAGCAAUGCUCCCAGAGUUCCCCAUCAUCAAAGUUGGACCUGUGACCUACAGACACGAUUGUUUCUCCACAUCUGGAAGUUCUACCCCGGCUGACCACACUGAUAUAAAUCCAUCCUCAAGCACCAACACCUCUCAAUGUCUAUCGCCAUCUUUAACAGUCGCCCCCACCUCACAACAGACUAACUCUAGUCCAUGGCUGGUCGGUCUUCUCAGCGCUCUCCUCGUCGUCGGUAUUCUUAUUCUGAUCACGAUCGUCGUUGCAGCAACUCUCCACUUACGUAAAAAUCGUAAAUGGUCAGAGCUGAUGGCCCUUUGGCCUGCGAACCACUGGCCCACGGUCAACCCUAAAGACCUGCUGUGGGCCAUUGGACCGAGGAGACCGCCGCUGUUCCAACCUGAGCCACUGCCACCUCCGCUCAAACUGUGGAUCGAUCCUAAACCACAGGACAGGAGUCCACCUUCAGUGGAGGGCGACAGUGCCCUCGAACCUCGUCCUCCUCGUUAUGACCCGCAGUAAAUAGGAAAAUAAAACAAAUCA